AAUGGAUCUUGCUGAUUUAGAAGCGGCGUUUGGAUUCCCUUUGGAAAGAGACUUUAAAUGCUAAAGAAUUUUGGAUAAAAGACUCUUCCAAGCACAAUCCCUGUUUAGACUGGAUCAAGGGCUGGAUUGUCAGAGAUGUUACCUUUUCAAUCAGCAAGGCAUAAACAUGGUCAAUUCAUUCAGUGACAAAGGAAAAUCAUUGCACCAGUUGUGAAUUUGCCUCUACUGAAUUGUCCAUCAACUGAUUAAACCGUAUCUCAGGGUGAUAAUUAUUGUAACUAGAUAAUGAUGACACUACAACGUCCUACUUGCUUCCUUUAAUAGAAAGUGCGUAAACAUUUUCACUUAACUCUGCAUAAUGUGUAUAGCGCAUGUAUCAAUUUCCAUUAUAACCCACUGGCUUUACUUAUGGCAAUAUAUAUAUUUUUUGAAAGGACAUUCAUUUUUUACUCAUUUGUAACAUGAAGGCUGGGAUUAAAUACAAUAUUGUUUGCUUUUCAAUAGGAUGUUGAGACUUCUUCUCACUCUAUACACUUUAAGGAAUCUGUUACUCAUCCAAUAUUUAUGUUUAGUCGAUGAUGCUUCUGGACAGCCUUAACAGUUUCUCUCUUUCUUGAGUCAGCACCACAUAACACAACAGUACAUGUGAUUUUAAAAGCAAUUUAAAGAGACAGACUUAACAUGUAAAAGCCUAACUGUUGGAUGUGAAUGUCUACACACAACCAAGUAAAAAAAAAAAUCUGUUUUUAAUGGGAGAUUGGUUAUGCAGUAGUUGUACAACAUUUUUAACUAUUGUUUUUCAAACAUCUCUUUCCAUAAAUGGAGACGUAUAAGUGGAACCGUAAAACAAUAGCUCAAUCCUCUUUAGGCGGCUCAUAUGUCUGUUUCACUGGCUCCCACCCCUUGACAAAAACACACCCUUUUUGUAUUUGCAUAAUCAAUGGUCCAGUGAGUGAGCAAGAGAGUGGGAGAAGAAAGAGAGAGGCCGAGCCGUCUGCUCGCCUGUGAUUCGUUGCCAGUCCACCUAAUUGGAUCAAGAAUGAACUUGCUUAGCUGUGUGCUUUUGUGUUCAGACUGGGAGCAGCCGGGGAAGAGACCAUGGACAUGCCAAAUGGUGCGUAAAGAGUGUCAUUGAGAAAGACCUAGGGAGAAGCAGAUAAAGACAGUGGAGUAAAGAAAGCUAAAGGGAAGAGGAGGGGCGAGUGAGAGAAGGGGGGGGGGAAAGGGGGAGGAUCCUGACUUUGUUCUUCCGUGUUGUUGCGAGCGUCUCGUCUCUCUCUCUUUCUGCGCUAAUGAUCGGGCACUGUUGAGAGGAAGGGCACCUGCAGUUCCCAGAUGAUUCAGCCUCUCCUGGCUACCUCUUACGUGACACAUACAGACAGCAUGUUGCUCCUGCCACUGCAGUGCCUGCCUGCUCUGUCCCCAUUUCUGCCUCUAAUGCAGCUGCAACUUGCCCAUCGCCUUCUCACGACAAUCCACUCAGCUCCAAGUCCUCAGGUGAGUGAGCACACUAUUGCCAAUUCCACCCUGGGACCACAACUAAACUGGACCAUGAAAGAUAAUUAAAAGGAGAAGGAACACUUUAUAUUACUGGUUACGUUUUUGCUUUCUUCCCUGCGCUCAGAAUUAUAUGUUUGUUUUCCCGGACUUGGUUUGUGCUUGUGUUUCACAUGUGAAUUCUGAGGGGGAACGUGUCCGACACGGAAGUCUUGUAUGUUGGCUUUCCACACAUCCGUUAACAAGGUUAUCGCACCGCCCUGGAGAGUAUCCUCCUCCCAGUUUCCCUCCCCCGACCAACAACCACACUGCGAUCUGAUAAUGGAGAACAUGUUUUACAAAACCUGCAGCAGUGUAAUGCUUUGAGUUACGAGUCCAGGAGUCCAGAAAGCCUGCAUCCGAGAGCAAGAGGGUGAAGGAUGACUGAAGGAGUGGAGGAUUCCUCCUCCGGGCUGGUCAUUCCACCAGGAGCAGCGUCUCCAAGUGGCUCCACUGCCAUUGAUCCUGGACGAGUUCCCCAGGAGACGCCAGAGGAGGCGGUGGCAGGUGGCGAGGCUGAUGAUGAGGGCGGAGAGAGAAACAUAGACGGUGGCAACACAGAAAGAAGGGGGCCCCUGGGAUUGCUUGGCUUGGCGGGGUCCUGCUGUGUGUGUGUAGAGAUGGAACAGUUGCGCAGUUGCCUGCAUUCUGAGAAGAUCUGCAUCCUUCCCAUCCUGGCCUGCCUCCUGAGCCUGGCUCUCUGCACCGCUGGCCUAAAGUGGGUAUUUGUGGACAAGAUAUUUGAAUACGAGCCACCCACACACCUGGAUCCCAAACGUAUGGGACAGGACCCCAUCAUUUUUGCUGAACCAACGCAAGGAUUCCCUGUGUCCUUGCCCCACCCAUCCUCUACCCCAGGUCCAACCACAACCUUUACGACCACAGGACAACCUGAGGUCUUAAUAGAGGGGAAACCUACAGGAGUACCCUUUCUACACAAGUUUUCCCAGGUGACCCCUACCUCUGCAUUGAUGUAUCACACUAACCUGCCCAUACAGACUGAGACCCUUACCACCCCAAAACCAGUGAAAAAGGGAGCACCAACCUCUAACCAUCAACCCACUCUGGAAUCUAAUGACAUUGUCCCUAAGCUUUCUGCCACCAGCACCACCCCUGCAGCAAAGACCUCCAGUCAUGUGACUCGUUGCAGCGACAGCCAUCAGAACUACUGCGUGAAUGGAGGCGAGUGCUUCACCCUGGAGGUCAUCCCUGGAAGCACAAAGUUCCUCUGCAGGUGCCCAAAUGAAUUUACUGGUGAUCGCUGCCAAAACUACGUAAUGGCCAGCUUUUACAAACAUCUUGGGAUUGAAUUUAUGGAAGCUGAGGAGCUGUAUCAGAAACGUGUAUUAACUAUAACAGGAAUCUGCAUUGCACUCCUAGUGGUUGGAAUCAUGUGUGUGGUUGCCUACUGCAAAACAAAAAAGCAGAGGAAAAAGCUCCAUGAUCGUUUGAGGCAAAGCUUACGAAAUGAUAGAAAAAGCAUGACCAAUGGACCUCAAAUUCCUAACACUCCUCUUGAAAAUGUUCAGCUUGUAAAUCAGUACACGUCAAAAAAAGCAAUGCCUGCGCAUAAUGUAAUCGAAAAGGAAACGGAAACAUCCUUCUCCACAAGCCAAUAUACGUCAUCAGCUCAUCAAUCACCAAUGGUCACUCACACCACCAGUCAAAGCUGGAGUAAUGGCCAAAGCGGGAGUGUUCUCUCCGACAGUCGGGCCAUCUUAGUGAUGUCAUCGGUCGAGAGCAGUCUGCACGCUACACCGAGCCGCCGGGGUCGUCUGAAUGCCACGGGUGGCGCCAGAGACCUGAGUGCCUACCUAAAGAACUUGAGACACUCUCCGGGCUCCUGCAGAGACUCACCAUACAGCGAGAGAUACAUCUCAACCAUGACGAGCCCAAACUGUUCGCCUCCGGUGGAUAUUGCAUCCCCUGUUACCCCAGGGUCUCCUCCCUCCGAGGUGUCAGCACCAUUGUCCAGCCUGGCUACCUCUGUUCCCUCUGUGGCAGUCAGCCCCUCAGGCGAGGAGGAACGCCCCCUGCUUUUUGCCAUCCCUCCAAGAUCUAAAGAAAAUUUGACACGCGAAGACCACAGUCAAUACAAGAGGAUCUCUGCUCACUAUAACCACGGCCAUGAGACCCACAGCCCCCCACCCAGGAUUGUUGAGCAUGAUAAAUAUGAGUCCACACAGGAGUAUGUGACCACCACCAUUAACAUGGCCUAUUUUCCUGCGCAGAGUAUUCCAAAGAAACUGGAAAAAACCAACAACAACAACGGCCAGAGAGCAAAAAGAACAAUGGCAAAUGGCCACGUGGACCACAAAAUGGAGUCCAACAGCAGCAGUUGUGGUAGUUCAGAAAGUGAGACAGAGGAUGAGCGUGUGGGAGAAGACACACCCUUCCUGAGCAUACAGAUCCCUGUGGCUGUGACUCUGGAUACUGCCCUCAGGCCCACAGACAGCAGCAGGACUAACCCAGCCCUACAACUUUCCCCACAGGAUGACCUGCAAGCCAGAUUGUCCUGUGUCAUCGUAAACCAAGAUCCAAUUGCUGUGUGAAGUGAAAAUUAGAUAUGGCUUAGAAAUACUUAAAUCGAUCAAAAGAAUACAGAGUCACUACCAUACCUUUAUUUUCUAUCAAUUACAUAGGGGGAAAUCAUUUUAAAAAUGAAUAAAAACUGUUAUUUUAGCGAUGUCGUAAAUAAGGUUUUAUAAAAAAUAAAAAAAAUUACAAAUUUGUUCACAUCAUGGAAGAGUGCCAUACACAUAGUAUGUAGAAAUGGGUCACAGUAUUUCAGUGGAUAAAAUGAUCAACGGUGCCUUUAAUUUCAGUAUGGUGUGCCUAAGGGAACUGCAUCACUGGGCCAUAUAUUCAUGACUUUCAUCUUCCACUUGACAUUUCUACUAGAAAAGAUAGUACUCACGGUAAGAUCCUGUCAGAAAUAUUAAUCUUUAUCAAGUAUUGCAGUCAGUCGGUGAAGAAGUCAAGAAAGUUUAUUGCUUGCGGCCGGCUUGCAGGGAGACAAAAUCAUUGUGAUACAAUGUUGUCUGUUAGCUUGUGUGCUAGUUAACCAUUUAAACGAAACCGCUUUCCAGUCAUAGGUUCAUACACAGGCGUGCAACUGUCACAUGGCUCUCCUUUCAUUGUCUCCCUUGCAUAGAUCUUGCGCGCACGUGUGCGUGUGCGUUUUCGUCAUCAACCCUAGUUGAAACACAAAAGAAGCUGAAUCUCUGGGUCUGGUGUCAUAGAAGCUCCUAUCUCCUUUAAACACAUAAGCUCCCAAACAUCCUCUAUUCUUAGUCUAUAACAAAUGCUCCCCCUCCCCCAGGUCAACUAAGAUAAGGGUCCAGUGUAUUUAUGUAAGCCUAGAGUUAACUUAGGAGUAGCUUCUCUCUACACAUGGAAUGUUGAACACAUUAUUAUUUUUAUACAGGAUAAAAGGUUAAAUUUUCAACUUUUCUGACAGACCCAUACAACAAUAUAUUCUGGAAUCUGUCAAUGCUUAUUUGUUUUCAGUUAUGUGGAAUUCAUCCGCGUAUGACUUAAGUGUUUACCUCUCAAAGUAAAAAGAAAUGCUGAUGUUGCUACACAUAUUUUAAUUUGCUACACAUUGUUUGCUACAAUAGUUCUUGAAUAAGAUAAUAAAGAGGUUAGGUACAGACUUUCCUGAUGGAUUUGGAUCACACUAUUGUCUCAUGGCUGUCUGUGUAAAAUACCAUCAAUUGGUGUUUGAUCCUUUUUUUCACACUAGAAGCACCGUAUUAAAUGCCAUUAGUUGCCACUAAAUAACCUAUAUUUAAGUCUAAAUAGAAGGGAAAUGAUGAAUGAACAAUAUGAAUAUAUGGCUCACUUUGUCAACACAUCUAUGGGUUUGUAAGUAAUGCAUUGUGGGGAUUGAAGAUACAGUAUAGAACCAUUUUAGGAUACAAUACAGGUAGUAAAAGUCUUAAGUGUUUAUAGUUGUCUUAUAUUUGUCUUUCCAGAUUUCACGUUACAAUAUCCAAAGUGUUCUUUUUGUGUUUGUAUGCAUUUUGUUUAGCCACGUUUGUGUAAAAGUUAUGUGUAAUAUCCUAAACAUUUACCUGUUUUGUUUUCAUAUAUUAUAUCCCAAGGAUACGUCAAGUCAUAGAAUACAUGAACUCAGACUGUCACUGUUGAUUGAUAACCACAAUAAAUAUGAACAAAACACGUUUUCUUUCCAAACAUAUAUUUUUUUGUGGCAUUUCAACCAAUAUAUUACAAUGGUAAAAAACAAAAACGUACACAUUUUAAUCAGACUCUGUCCCAGUCUUCUCAUUACGAGGCAUUUUUGCCCCUUAAGUUUUACAAUGGCCCAAAGGAAAUUAAAAUAAUUUUGUAUUUAUGUUAUUUAUUUAUUUAUUGUUUAUUUAUUUUGUGGGCCUUAUGUUGUAAUUUAAUUAUAUAUUAUAUAUUUGAAUCAGCGUUGAAAAAUUUAGGUUAUUUUGAAUUUAUAACUUUUGUAUGUGCUGUGUUUUUCUGUCCCAAUUUGCCUUUAUAUGCUCUUGUCUUCAGUGUGGGGUCAACUACGCUACCUUUGGUAACCAAACCUGUUAUUCAACACUAUAAAUAAUUGGAAUGAUUAUAACAUGCAUACAUAGAAAUUAAAAACUAGUGCAAUUAUGGGUAGUGAUUAUUUAGUUGACUAAUAACUAGAAUAUCUUGUGUCAAGCUUUAGCCUGGCAUACCCCAUGAUGCAUUGCUUUAAAACCAAGGUGUGUCUUCAAUUUCUGUAAAUAAUUCAUGAAAACCUUUAGUGCUUUAGGUUUUUAUUUGAAAUAUUAAAUAAAUUUUUGUGCUUGAGCUUUACCUCAGCCUUUGCCAAAACCUACACCAUACAGUUUCCUUUUCAGCACGUGUAUGUCUCAAAAACAAUGUGACUUCAAGAUGACUAAAAUUGUGCUGAUACUGUACAGUACCCAGGUAUGAAAACAGUAACAACAAAAAAAGUCAAAUAAAGGUGAUAACAACA